AUGGAGGCCAAGGUCCGCCCGAGCCGGCGCUCGCGCGCGCAGCGGGACCGCGGCCGGCGCCGGGAGGCCGCCCGCGACGCCCGCGCGCAGAGCCCGUCGUCGGGCGACGAGCCCGAGCCCAGCCCCGGCAAGGAGAACGCGGGCCUCCGCGGCGCGCCUUCCCGCGCCGCCCCCGCGCCCCGCACAGCGCGCCCCCCGCGCCGCCGCCGCCGCGAGUCCAGCUCGCAGGAGGAGGAGGUCAUCGACGGCUUCGCCAUCGCCAGCUUCAGCACCCUGGAGGCCCUGGAGAAGGACAUGGCCCUGAAGCCACACGAGCGGAAGGAGAAGUGGGAACGUCGCCUCGUCAAGAAGCCCCGGGAGUCGGAAAACUGCCCCCCUGCCGAGGCGAGCGAGCACAGGCGGCCCCUGGAGCCAGGCAGCCCCGGGCAGGACUUGGAGCCCACCUGCGACGGGGGCCCGAGGAAGGUCCCGCUGCAGCCCUCCAAGCAGAUGAAGGUCACCGUGUCCAAAGGAGGCGACCGGGACAGCGAUGACGACAGCGUCCUCGAAGCCGCCAGCUCCCGGCGCAGCAGCUCUCGGGACCAGCUCAGUGACAGCUCGGCGCAGGCGGUCUCGGGGAGAGGCUACUCCUGUGACAGCGAGAGCGGCUUGGACGACAAGGCAUCGGUGGGCUCCGACAAGCUCUUUGCCCCGGCGGCCGAUAAAGGCCCCGCGCGGCGCGAGAAGCCGGAGGCCAAGGCCGGGGCGGUGCCCAAGGUGUCGGGCCUGGAGCGCAGCCGCGAGCUCAGCACGGGCUGCUUCCCGCCCGCCAGCCCCGCGCCCCUCGCUGCGCCCUGCGCGGGGGCCCCGCCGGCCCGCGCCAGCCCCCUGGUGAAGAAGGAGGCCCCGGCCCCGCCCCGCCACACUCCGCAGCCGCCGCCCGCGCCCCCCCAGCCCCGCGGCGCGCUCCCGACACACGUGCCUGCGUCCCUGGGCGCCUUCGCGGGCCCCGGCCUCGGCCUGACGGCGCCGCACGGCCUGCACGGCCUCAGCAGGAGCAGCAGCGCGGGCAGCGGUGCCGCCCUCGGCCUGGCGAAGCACGUGUCGCUGUCGCCGCACGGGCCGGGCCCCCACCUGUCUACCUCACACCUGGCGCUCCGGUCCCAGGCGCAGCACCAGCACCACGCAGCAGCCAUGUUCGCUGCCCCCGCGACACUGCCCCCGCCCCCGGCGCUGCCCGCCGGCAGCCUGGGCAUCCCGGGACACCCCGCUGAUCACGAGCUGCUCAGGCAAGAGCUGAACACGCGGUUUCUGGUGCAGAGCGCCGAGCGGCCUGGCGCCUCCCUGGGCCCGGGGGCUCUGCUGCGGGCGGAGUUCCAUCAGCACCAGCACACACACCAACACACACACCAGCACACACACCAGCACCAACACACAUUCGCCCCCUUCCCCGCGGGGCUGCCCCCGACGCCGCUCACGCCGCCCGCCGCACCCCCGCCGUUUGACAAGUACACGCCUAAGCUGGACAGCUCCUACUUCCGACAUUCCAACGUGAGUUUCUUCCCGCCCUUCCCUCCCGCCAUCCCGGGACUGCCUGCCCUGCUUCCGCACCCCGGCCCCUUUGGGUCCCUGCAGGGUGCUUUUCAGCCCAAGACUUCAAACCCCAUGGAGAUGACGGGCCGGGCCAGUGCCGUUCACACCCUCCUGCAGAAAGCCCCCGGGGUCUCUGACCCGUACCGGGCGGUGGUCAGGAAGCCGGGGAAGUGGUGCGCCGUGCACGUGCAGAUCGCCUGGCAGAUCUACCACCACCAGCAGAAGAUGAAGGUGCCGCUGGACCCACACAAGCUGGAGGUGGGCGCGAAGCUGGACCUGUUUGGCAGACCCCCCGCCCCGGGCGUGUUUGCCGGGUUCCACUACCCGCAGGACCUGGCCCGGCCGCUCUUCUCCAGUGCAGGUGCCGCCCAUCCCGCCACCAACCCCUUCGGACCCUCAGCUCCCCCUGGCAGCUUCCUGCCUCCUGGUCACCUGGCAGACCCUUUCAGCAGGUCGAGCAGCUUCGGGGGCCUCGGGAGCUUGGGGAGCCAUGCCUUCGGGGGCCUGGGCAGCCACGCUCUGACUCCUGGCGGUGGCAGCAUCUUUGCCCCCAAGGAGGGCUCCGCGGUGCACGGCCUGCCCAGCCCCCACGAGACCUGGAACCGGCUGCACCGGGCGCCGCCCUCCUUCCCUACUCCGCCCCCGUGGCCCAAGUCCAUGGACACGGAGCGGGUCUCAGCCCUGACCAACCACGACCGAGAGCCAGACAAGGGCCGGGAGGAGCGUGAGCGGGACCUCCUGGAGAAGACGCGCCUGCUCAGUCGCGCCUCGCCCGCGGCCCCCGUGGGCCACGCCGUCAGCAGCCUCCUGCUCCGCGGCCAGGGCGAGCUGGGCCGGCCCGGGGUCCCCGCGGAGCGCGAGCCCGAGCCCCGCGUCAAGGAGAGCAGCUCGCCCAGGGAGGAGGGCGCCAAGGCGGCCUUGGGCGAAGGCCUGCGCCUGGCCGGCCUCCUGGGCCGCGAGCCGCCGGGGAAGCCGCCCGAGGCGCCGCAAGGCGACGUGAAGGUCAAGGAGGAGCGCGGGGAGGACGAGGCGGCCGAGCCCGCGCAGCCGGGCCCGGGCCGCGAGCGCCUGGGCGCGCCGGGCUUCGCGUGGGAGCCGCUGACUUCGCCGCUCGAGGGCCUGGGGCCCGGGGACGCGCGCGCCUACUCGCCGUCGCGCAACGCGCAGGAGGUGGAGGCGCGGUAG